AUGUCGGAGGAAGACGAUGCUGCAUCUCGAGCCGAGAUCCCACCGAUGCUGUCGCAAUGUCAGCGAGAUGCUUUGGUUUACACGCCACAAUGUCGGCAGCAAUGGGGCGAACGACGGAUCGAUGGUGUGACGUCAUCACUAAAAGCGGAAGACAUCGAGGAAUUCCUUACGGAAUUUGCGUGGCUCAAAGAGACGGAAGUGGCACUGCAGUGUCUGUUUAAUGGUGGGUUUGUCCUGCCCAAGGCCGUGCAGCUAUUGCACACUGCUCGUCGCGAGCGAUACAAAACACAGCGCGAUCAAGACAAGCAACUUAAUCCUAAAGCAUUUAAACAUGCAAUCGAGACUCACGGCAAAAAGUUUCACCUCGUCAAGCAAGCACUAGGGCAAGGAGUGACAACACGCGAGGUAGUGAGCAAGUAUUACUUGUGGAAGCGGACGAAGGAGUUUAGAAACUGGCGACGACGUCAGACGGUAAAGAAAUGCAAGAAGAAAAAGAAGAAGAUCGAGCUGAUGCGCUUGGGCAAUGCGAUGAGUGUCAAUUCGGAAUUAGAGGCCUUCCAAGUCUAUCACAAGACACAGUGCGAACUUUGCGCUACUGGCGGCAAAUUGCUGUGUUGUGACGGUUGUGCGCGUGCCUACCACUUCAGUUGUGUCCAACCGCCGAUCACCAAAGAACCCAGGGAAGACGACGAUUGGUUCUGUCCGUACUGUCAGAAAGCAUUUGAUGACGCGAAGCCCAAAAUGAUACCGAGCCAAGAUAAUGAGUACUGCCAGGUGUGUGUUCCGUUCACAGGCGUGCCGCGCACGCUGAUCGAACCAAUGACGGGUAGCAGCAGCCAAGAGGAAGAGAAUAAACUGGAUGGAAACUCGGACUGCAACAACGAUGACGCUAACGCGGGUUUGGAAUCGAGCGACGAAGCCAGCGGUCAUGACGCGAUAUCGUCGGAUCCUGGAAGCCUCACACACAAUGAAUCGGAUACUAGAAGCGCCAUAACUUUGUCAUGCUUUCCUAAAACAGACUGGAUCAAGAGUGGUAGACAAGAAGAGAAGCCCACGACAGUGUUGAAACCGUCCGUGCUAGAGCAACAGGUUGAAGCAGUUGUCCAAUCAGAUGGUGGUUCAUCGCGAAUAACGUCAACCAAUUUUGUGGAACGUCCUGUUGAGGCAAAUCCAGCAGAGAUGAAGAGAGUUCUGGUGGAAAAGGGGGUGUCUGGCAGAAAACGUCACCGAAAAACGAUGACACCUCGUCGAAUCCCACCAUCUCGAUUCGACACUCGAAGCUAA